AUGACUGCCAAUACUGAAGACACUGCCCCGGAGGUAUUAAUCCCGAAGUUCGAAAUCGAAACGCUCCUAAAACAAGACCAAAAUGGCCGCAGAAUUGCGAUGCUCGGCUCCAUCGAUGGCCAACAAGGUAUCCUCAUAGCCGAACGGACAGCCUUCGCAACCGAAUCCCUCCAAGUCCUAAAAGCCUUCCACGCCGCAAUCCAACGAGUCAACAACCUAGGCGACAACGACAUCUACAGAUGGUACCUUGCGUCUUCUGGCCCCGAUACCCAAGGGCAGGACCAAAGCAAUGCAAGCGACCUCAAACUGAAUCUAAUCUGGCCAUGCACAGCGCAACACAUCAAGAAAUACUCUGACCAGAUCCUCCGCAUGGUAACCGAAACACCGGAAAUCCACCGCAACCACAUCCGCCCCUACAUGCAAGCAAAGAAAGAAGGUGGGAGUCUGAACUGGGUAUACAACAUCCUCGAAGGCCGCACAGAGCAAGAAGAUGUCAUCUUCCGGGAUCCCGGGCAACAUGGCCAAGACGAGGGCUUCCUGAUGCUGCCGGAUCUCAACUGGGACCGAAAGAGUAUGGGGUCGCUGCAUCUGCUUGCGUUGGUUAAUAGGAGGGAUAUCAUGAGUUUGCGGGAUUUAUCGAAACGCCAUCUUCCGUGGUUACGGUAUGUGCGAAAACGGAUUCUCGAGGAGACAGUUAGGAUGUAUCCAGAGUUAGAGGAGGAUCAGUUGAAGCUUUAUGUGCAUUACCAACCAACUUAUUAUCACUUCCAUAUCCAUGUUGUCAAUGUGAUGCUGGAAGCCGGUGCCACACAGGCUACUGGAAAGGCAUUCGGGUUGGAGAAUAUCAUCUCUCAGUUGGAGACCAUGUCCGGUGAUGAGUAUGCGAGUAUGGCAGAUGCCAGUUUGUCUUAUUUUGUCGGCGAGGCUAGCGAACUGUGGACGAGCAUUUUCGGGCCACUUAAACAGGGACAGAAGCCUGCUAUUGAAAACUAA